CGACCGUUGAGGGAAAGGUAAGGGGUUUCGCGCGUUUAGAUGCUUAGACGUCAGCCGCCGCGGGCUCCAAGGAAAACGCCGCAACACUGCCAAGGGUGUCACCAGCAGCCCUCACCACCUCGUCCUCUGGAUCGCUGAAUUGGUUGGAUGUGCGCCGCGAGCGCGAAGACCUCAAGUCGAGCUCAGGGACGGCUGUCCCCAGUGAACCGAGCUAAAUUUGUCUUGCUGGCAAUGUACGAGUAUAGUGUCAUCGUAUACCUUGGAUGGUCCCUUAAUUGACAGCGGGGCACCGCACCCCACCGCGGUGCAGUCACGAGUCUGGAUGGCGAAUGCCAAACGAACACCUAAUCACGAAUGUGAAUCGCGAAUCAGAAUAGGAUAUGGAUGGAAGCCACACGUCUAUAUGCGGGGGAUCUACUGCUGUAUGAAACUUCAACCGCGGCAGAGCUGGUGCGAUAUCUAUGAUGAGUCAUGGAAGGGCUACAGCAACGAUGCGCCAUUCAAGCGAUUCGCGGUUCAGACUUGAAAGACAGGCACGUUGUGGCCAGCACAGCUCCUGUGCAUGGAACUCAGAUCUGAGGUUAUGGGGCGCUAGGAGCGCUCAAGCUGGUGCUGAUGAAUCCAUCCAGCCAGCGAAUGCUAUUCACACUAUAUAUGGAUCAAGCGCUCGAUUUGCUUCUGCUGUCAAGGUGCCGCGGCAGGUUGUCAGGCUGCGGAUGCACCGACAUGGCGAGCGGGCACCUUCAUCAAUGAUCGAUUGAUGCCAGAGGGUUGGAAGAAGUCUGCGCUGAGAUUGCCACACUGCUCUGGCGCUGUCCAACUGCGACAACUGGCACUGGUAGUCAGCCGUUGGAUCGAGCCGGCCAAGACCAAACCUAUCUACUUGCGACUGACUGAUGCAAGGCAUCCUCCCAUGCGACGCAUCGACGCAAAGCAAAGCUUAUCACGAAUCAACUCGUACGAUUCUGACCGAGUAGUCAGAGUGCUCAGCGGAUAGGCAGCCCUCCGCGCAGCCCACGUCCUAGCAAAGAGGAAUCAAGACGCUGGACUGCAACUCGCUCGCCCUUGAGGGGGAGGAGCCUCAUCACAAGUCACUGCUCAAGGCGCGCUGAUGUGCUCCCAAAUCACCACGCCUUGAUCUUGUUCGAGUGUCAUCACGCAACAGCGUGCAACAUAACCAGCAAGUGUCCUUGACCAGCAGAAACGUUCGGAGCGCUACCUGCAGCGCGGCAGAGCGCAACAAAUCAGGCGCGCGAGCGGUGGCCUGCUGUAUCCUAUCAGCUAUAGCGGACGAACAGCAGCUUCGAGAGCAAGAGCUGACCCACUCAUGCAAGUCAGCGCACUCGAUCCCUGCUGCGCACUCGUGACUUCAACGUCUCCAUUCGAUCACGAUUUUGCACUCCGCCAAGUCACGAGUGUGUGGCCCGUCGAUCGCUCACAUCAUUCGGCUGCAUCUUCCACAGGCCCGUCUCCUUCAGUCCAAAUCGCUUGAAGCUCGACCGUUGAGGCCUCGCCCGCGAUGCAACACACCUUCAGCGCAACCAGUCUGGCUCUUGCAGCGCUUCAAGAAUGUCAAGGCAGCUGCCCUUUCCCGGCACAUCCUCAGCUUGGUGGCCUCAUCCCCGCCCGGAUCGAUCAAGCCGUCGUUCACUCGGCCGUUGAGGAGCUGCACACGCCAGUCGAACUCGAUCCAGACCAUCUGUCACCCGUCCGUUGAGGGCUGUGCUACACACGCUACGCAUGCUGACCCAAGCUGUCGACCUGGUGCACCACGGCUCGAAUGCGCACAAUGGCGCCUCGCUGGCAACUUCAGUCAACCGGGAGAGGCGCAACCCUCAGCGCAACACGAACAUGCCAGGAGCUCGCGCAUCCCACCGUCUGCCAAGGCAUUUGGAACGACUCGCUACGGACUCAUUGCGAGAUGCGUGCCAGCAACACCGCUCGCUACAGAGAUGAUUCCGGGCACCUAGCCAGCGAUACACCCUUCGACGCAAGCUUGCUUUCGAGAUUCGACAAGUAGCCAUGCAGGUGCUGGGUCCAACAGCAUUCCUGGGCGAGUGCGCCUCGAGCAGGUGCUUCGCCGCGAACAGGCCCCACAAGCUCACCUCAAGGAUCAAGGUUCGGUCUACUUCAAAAGGGCUUGACUUCGCUCGCUCGAUUCGUCUUCCCCUCUCUCUUCAUCUUUUGCGAAUCUCGAUCUCUCCGCCGCUUCUUUUGACGAGAACGCAACUUUGAGCUCCUCUUUCUUUGAGAUCCCGAUUGUACGUAUUACGUGGACGCGGACCAUGGCUUGCUUCCGUCUUCUCAACAUCGGUGCUCACUCGUUGCCUCUUCUUCCUCUCCAGUUCAGCGAACAGCCACUUCCUCUUCGCCUUUCUUUUCCAACCACC